GCGCCGACUCGGCAUCCGGGCGCCGGGCGCGAGCGGAAGUGGCGUGGGCUGGCCGGAGCCCGCGGGGCCGGCGUCGCGGGUCGGCGUGGAGCGGGAGUGAUGUCCGCCCGGCUCGCGGCUGCACCCGCCAAGUCAGUGCCCUAUAAAGGAUAAUAGUUUCCAGUAUACCGUCCCUCACGAUGACUCCUUAAGUGGCUCUUCAUCCGCCUCUUCCUGUGAACCAGUGGGCGACUUUCCAGCACCUUUACAAAAAUCUAACUGCUGGUUGAAGAUGAGGAAACUCAAGUCUGCUGGUGCGGACCGUAUGGAAGGGUCAGGUGGUCUAUCACCCAAAGGGAAAAGAAAAGCCAAGCAGGAAGAAGAUGAAGACUAUCUCGAAUUUCCUCAGAAGAAGCAUAAGCUCUAUGGGAGGAGGCAACGGCCUAAAACUCAGUCUAAUUCUAAAUCCCAGACUCGUCGUAUUCGGAAGGAACCACCAGUUUACGCCGCAGGCAGUGUGGAGGAGCAGUGGUACUUAGAGAUCGUGGAGAAAGGCAGUGUCUCCUGUCCUACCUGCCAGACGGUAGGGAGGAAGACCAUAGAGGGCCUGAAGAAACAUAUGGAAAACUGCAAACAGGAAAUGUUUACUUGCCAUCACUGUGGGAAACAGCUUCGCUCACUGGCAGGGAUGAAGUACCACGUCAUGGCAAACCAUAAUAGUUUGCCUAUUUUGAAGGCUGGAGGGGACACAUUCAAUGAACCAAGUGAGAGGGAGAGGCUCCGCACCGUUCUCAAGAGGCUGGGGAAGCUCAGGUGCACACGUGAGAGUUGCUCUAGUAGCUUUACCAGCAUCAUGGGAUAUCUGUACCAUGUCAAAAAGUGUGGCAAAGAGGCUGCUGAGCUGGAGAAGCUGACCCUGACAUGUCACCAUUGUGGCAAGGUGUAUCGAUCUAAGGCUGGACUUGCGUAUCACCUGAGGUCAGAGCAUGGGCCUAUCUUCUUUCUAGAUUCAGGGCAGCCAGAGGGCUUAACGGACAUGAGCCUGCAGUCACCGAGUGGGGGCCGAGUUCGGAGGCGGUCUGCCAAGAUAGCGGAGUUUCACCUGCAAGAGCUGGCCUCUGCUGAGCUGGCCAAGGAGUGGCCUAAGAGGAAGCUGCUUCGGGAUCUUGUGCCUGAUGACCGGAAGUUAAAAUAUGCACGCCCAGGACUUCCCACCUUCAGUGAAGAAGUGCUUCACAAGUGGAAGUUAGAGAUCAAGAAGUACCAUCACAUCCAGUGUCCCAACCAGGGUUGUGAGGCUGUCUACAGUAGUAUGUCUGGCCUUAAAGCUCACCUGGGCUCUUGCACAUUGGGAAACUUCGUGGCUGGAAAAUACAGAUGUCUUCUAUGUGAGAAAGAGUUUGUUUCGGAGAGUGGGGUGAAAUACCACAUCAACUCUGUCCACGCUGAGGAUUGGUUCGUAGUAAACCCAACAACCACCAAAAGCUUUGAGAAGGUGAUGAAGAUAAAGCAGCGGCGGGAGGAGGAAGAGAAGAGGCGCCAGCAGCACCAGGGCCGACGGUCGCUGAGACGGCGGCAGCUGAGCCUGGAACUGCCCGAGGUGGAGCUGAAUGUGCCCGUCGAGGAGGAGAGGAGGAGUGAGGAGGGACUGCCGGUGCCCGCCGACACCGCCACGGAGCCAGAGCCCGAGGCAGGGAAGGAGAAGAGGAGGAGUGAUGAGGCGCCGCCCGUGCCCGCCGCCUCCACGGAGCCAGAGCCCAAGGCCGUGCCAGCCCCGGUGCAGAAAGUGAAGGCCCCAAAGACUAAUCACAGACGAGGGAGGAAGUAGGCAGAUGCUGGCCCUCACUCCCCGGGGAGCGGGGUCUGCCGGGAGGACCGAGGGCUGAGUCCAGAAAUGUCCCCUGGCAGCUAUUGGUGGGUCCUAGCUGCCCCGGCCCCUCCUCCCUUGUACACAUCACAGUUGUCUCUCCUGGCGUUCACUCCCCCCACCCUUUGGCAUCGGUCCUCCUGCUGUUCCUUGUGUUUUCCGUCUUGCCCAGAAAACUCCGUCUUACAGGGCAGCUGUAGGCCCUUCCCGUCCUGUUCAAGCCCGAGAAAGCUGUUGGGUUGUGUCCUUUCCCGAUGGGGGUGUAGAUUGCGCUUAGCAGCCACUCUGUCAUCUAGCUGAUAAAUGAACUCCAAAUGAAACUUUUGAAAAAAACUACACGGGCUUUUCAUUUUGUGUCUGUGACAUGAGAAGUCUGCAAACAUGAGAAGUCACUCGUGAUAAGGUUACUUGGAAUCCGUGGGAAGUAAACUUUGGGGACUCUCAUGUUCUCUCUCCCUCUGGCUUUAGGAUGGAAAGGAAAUGAGGUUCGGAUGAAAAAGUGAGAGGCGCCCUGAAUUGGUUUUCCCGGGAGAUGCUUUGUUGGCCCCAAGUAGCCCAGACUGACUCGACCCAGGGCCUUAGGAAUAACAUGUCCCCUACAUUAAAGCGAUGAAAGGAAGAAAGUGGAAAAAGCAGUAAACUCCGCCUGGGCUUUCCUGGGCCCGAGCAUCAUCCGUGGCUGCGGUCGCUGCCCCGGGAAGCUGCCGUUUGCUUGCUCAGCCUUCAGAGUUGAGAAAUCCUUUGCCCCUGAUGUGAUGACGCUGUAUCCCAGUGUUCUAAUGAUGACACGGAGAUUGGUGGUCGAGGUGCACAUUCCUUUUCCCCUGGGCCUCAUUUGGCCCGUGUAGUCCCCACUCCUCCCUUUAGCUAACCUCUUGUCUCCAAGUUUUCUGAGACUUGUCCUCCCUCUCCUUUGAUAUGUGGAAUUCUGUCCUCUUAACACAGGACUUUAUUUGUGAUAUUUAUUUGGACUUUUGGUGAGUGACUUUUACGUGAUAUUUAUUUGGAGUUGGAAAGGAAAAAGAAAAAGCUUUUUCUGUACCUCAAGCCCACCUGGUAAUGAAUGUCUAAUGGGCUAUUUGUCUUUGACGCGGGCUUCCGCUGGAGCCUCUGGCAGAGCCGCUCUGUCGUGUUUCUGGAAUCUCUCCCCCUUUUCCAUAAAUACCAGUCUUACCCCUUCUUGCCAAUUUUGGUGGGAUAUGCCACAUAAAGAGCAGGGGUCCCUUCACCCUGAUACUGACAAAUACCAGCUGUUUCCAGUUCUGCAAGACUGUUCACACUCCGUUCUCGGUGCUUCUCUGUAGCUUUAAAAUGUGGGCUUUGGUGAAGGCUGCCUUGAGACACGGCAACAUUUAAAUCCGAUUCAGAUGCUGCCAGAAUCGAUGGUGUGGAAACAAGUGAAGCAAGUGGUUUCCCACUCUAUUUUCAUUGCCUAUUGGCAAGUUGCAGCCGAAAAGCCCUUUCCGUAGAUAAGGGUUGUCAGGGAGGAGAAAUGUAAUUUCUGGAAAGACUGGGAAACAUUUGGCUAUGAUCAGUGAAUAAAUGACUCAUUUAGAAUGA